GAACAAUCUGACUUCCACCUCCAAACUGAAUACACAACUCUACAACGCCAAUCCACCACUUCGGCCUCUCUGAUCAUCCUCAGCCCUUUCAAGAUGGCCCAAAAGUGCGUCCAUCGCGGUUGCGAGAAGACGUUCACCGACGCCGACGAGGUGUGCCGUUACCACCCUGGACCACCAGUCUUUCACGAAGGCCAAAAAGGAUGGAAAUGCUGCAAGCCCCGCGUCCUGACAUUCGACGAGUUCCUGGCAAUCGAGCCCUGCACAGAGGGCAAGCACAGCACCACCGACCUGCCGCCCGCCGUCGAGAAGAAAGAGGCCCCCUCAGACCCAGCCGUGCUGAAGCAGGCCGCCACCGACACUUCCGGCCCAGCCAUUCCCCGCGCCCCGAUCAAUCCGGCCACACCGUCCGCGACACCGCCGCCCCCACCCCCCGAGUCCGACGACGACGACCCUGCCCUCGAGAUCCCCGACGGGCGUACGUGUAGGAGGCGUGCGUGUGGGGCCAGCUACAACAAGGGCUCGGGCCGGGCGGACCAGGAGAACUGCGUGCACCACCCCGGCGUGCCCAUCUUUCAUGAGGGCAGUAAGGGCUAUACGUGCUGCAAGAGGCGCGUGCUGGACUUUGACGACUUUAUGAAGAUUGAGGGGUGCAAGACCAAGGCCCGGCAUCUGUUUGUGGGGAGCGGGAAGAAGGAGAAGGCGGGGCCGAAGGGGGCAGAGGAGGAGUUGUUGGAGACCGUGCGGACCGACUUCUACCAGACGCCAACCAGCGUCAUCGCCUCCUUCUUCCUCAAGAAGAUCAACAAGGACACGGCAAAGGUCGUCUUCACAGAUUCAUCCAUCCAGCUCGACCUGCCCACCACAGACAGCCCCCCGAAGCGAUACCGAACCGAAGUACCGCUGUUCGGUGGCAUCGACACGGCCAAGACAACGUUCAAGAUCCUCGGGACCAAGCUCGAGGUGACGCUCGUCAAGGCCGAGGUGAGCUCUUGGCCCGUCCUGCGGGCUGACGACCGGCCGACCGGAGAGAUACUACAAAUAGGCCGCGCCGGAAAAGUGGUGCAGUAG